CAGUAGUUUGCCUUGUUAUCGAGGCCUUGACUUAAACAUACACACCCUCUUUUUCUUUCCUGCACACACAGCAAAAGCAAAGGUGUUUUUAUGUGGGGAUUAACAGUGUGUGUAUGUGUGUGUUUCUCUCCUGUAGUGUGGAAGCAUCAGGAGUGGGUUUCAUCCUGGUCAUCGACAGACGGCUGGACCGAUGGGCUGCUGUCAGGGCCACCCUGCUCCGCAUCGCAGGUUCAUUUCCCGGGAACUUACACUUGGUUCUGGUGUUGCGUCCCACUACUUUGUUCCAGCGGACUCUGUCGGACUUCCUGUUCAAGUUCAACAGGGAUGAGUUCAAGAUGAAGGUGGUGAUGCUGAGUUCUGUGACUGAGCUCCAUGCGUAUAUCGAUCCAGGACAACUAACCAAAGAGUUGGGAGUGAAGGUGACAGGCUGA